AUGUCCUGCAGGUUUGACGACAUCGAACCUCACUUGCAGUUCUGCCUGGAACAUGCAGAUGUGGUUGUUCCGCAUUUGAACGAAAUUGUGGAAUACUUGGACGACAUCCUUUUCUUUGCGAAGGAGCGUCCCACAUCAGGUGAACUGUGGCUGCGCUUGGAGCCUCAGUUGCCGCAGCUGGUGAAGCGUCUGCCGUUACUGGGACCACACCUUCCCAGCCUUCGGAGGCACUCCGAGCUAGUCACUCCGUUCCUGCCAGUGCUGGCGCCUCAUUGCGAUCGCUUGGUGAAUUUCCAGCCCAUCUCACAACAUGCGGAUGUCCUGGUUCAUUACCUUGGCUGGGCUUUACGAGUUCUUGGCUCAGCUUCAUCAUUGCCUGAAAUCCGGUCAGCUUUCACCCUGAAGUCCCUAUUUGAUCCUAUCCUAUUUGGCUAUGUUUCAGGCUAUUUAUGGCUAUCUACUUGCAAAGUUGGUCAAAAUGGAUCGAUGGAUCAACCAUCUCCAAUAUUCUUCAUAACACAUCAUAACACUAUAUCUGAAACACACAUCAACAACACCCAACCAAAAAUCCUGCGGUUAAAAACAUGGAAAAAAACGAUCUAA